AUGUCCCAUCCCGAGGCGGAGCGGACGGACAGCGGCUCCGCGCCGCAGCCGGAGCCGGGUCCAGGGCUCCCCGGACGGGCCCCGCACCGAAGCCGCAGCCGGCGGCCCUCGGGGCGCGAUUCCCGACGUGCUUCCUCCCGCUUCAACCGGCGGAGCUCGGCCGAGCUGGAGCUGCUGGGGUACCCGGCGCCGGACGGAGUGCGCGAGGGGUCGCCGCCGCCGCCGGCCGCUGUCGGGCUCCGGGAACCCGAGGAGACGGAGAGCGAGGAGGUGGAGACGCGGGCGGUCGCCACCUCCCCCGACGGCCGGUUCCUGAAGUUCGACAUCGAGAUCGGCCGCGGCUCCUUCAAGACCGUCUACAAGGGGUUGGACACGGAGACCACCGUGGAGGUGGCCUGGUGCGAGCUGCAGACGCGGAAGCUGUCGAAGACGGAGCGGCAGCGGUUCAGUGAGGAGGUGGAGAUGCUGAAGGGGCUGCAGCAUCCCAACAUCGUCCGCUUCUACGACUCCUGGAAGUCAACUAUCAAAGGCCAGAUCUGCAUCGUGCUGGUCACAGAGCUCAUGACGUCCGGCACCCUGAAAACGUAUUUGAAACGCUUUAAAGAGAUGAAGCUGAAGGUGCUGCAGCGCUGGAGCCGGCAGAUCCUCAAGGGUCUGCAUUUCCUGCACACUCGCUCACCCCCCAUCAUCCACCGUGACCUCAAGUGUGACAACAUCUUCAUCACGGGCCCCACGGGCUCAGUCAAGAUUGGGGACCUGGGCCUGGCCACACUCAAACGAGCCUCCUUUGCCAAGAGUGUCAUAGGCACCCCCGAGUUCAUGGCGCCGGAGAUGUACGAGGAGAAGUAUGACGAGGCCGUGGAUGUCUACGCCUUUGGGAUGUGCAUGCUGGAGAUGGCCACCUCGGAGUACCCGUACUCGGAGUGCCAGAACGCCGCCCAGAUCUACCGCAAGGUCACCUCGGGCCUGAAGCCCAGCAGCUUCUACAAGGUGAAGGUGCCCGAGCUGAAGGAGAUCAUUGAAGGCUGCAUCCGCAUGGACAAGAACGAGAGGUACACCAUCCAGGACCUGCUGGAGCAUUCCUUCUUCCAGGAGGACACAGGGGUGCAUGUGGAGCUGGCUGAGGAGGACGAUGGAGUCAAGUCUGGGCUCAAGCUCUGGCUGCGCAUGGAUGACACAAAGAAGCUGCAUGGCAAAUACAAGGACAACAACGCCAUCGAGUUCCUCUUUGAGCUCUACAAGGAUGUGGCAGAGGAGGUGGCUCAGGAGAUGGUGGUCCUGGGCUUUGUCUGUGAGGCCGACUACAAGCUGGUGGCCAAGGCUGUGCGGGACCGUGUGGUGGCCAUCAAGCGCAAGCGGGAGAAGCUGAAGCGUGUCCAGGGCGCCCCAUCACCUGCAGAGCCAGAGCAGCCACCAGGUGUCCUGAGGAUGCUGGAGGAGCUGAAGUCCCCGCUGCCACCUGGUGCCCCCACACCUGCCCUGGCCACCCCUGGCUCUGGGGACUCUGCCUUCAGCAGCACCUUCCCCCUGGAGCCUGAGGAGCCCGAAGCUGACCAGCAUCAGCACUUUACCUACCGGCACACCAGCUACUCCUCAGCCACCUCUGACUGUGAGACAGAUGGGUACCUGAGCUCCUCUGGCUUCCUGGACUCGCCGGACCUGGCCCAUCGCAGCUUUGUGGGCGUGGACCCCACCAGCCCACCUCCCACGCGGCCCGUGCGCUGCUUCCCCACGAGCAUCGCGGUGCAGCUGCCCACGGAGCAUUUGCCCCCUGCCAGUGGCUUCUCCUCCUCGGUGGACAGCUACACCUCAGAUGUGGCAUCGGGCAUGAGUGAUGGCUAUGAGGGGCUCUCAGCCAGCGAGCAGAGCACCAAGCUGCCGCCCAAGCGAGCCUCGGGGAAGCUGCUGCGGCGUCGAGCCCGCUCCAGGCUGCGCAUCACCAACAUCUCUGACAAGAACGACCGAGUGGUGGAGUGCCAGCUGCAGACCUACAACAACAAGAUGGUGACCUUCAAGUUCGACCUGGAUGGGGACAACCCGGAGGAAAUUGCAGCCGCCAUGGUCCACAAUGAGUUCAUCCUCAAGUCGGAGCGAGACAGCUUCAUCAGCCGUAUCCGGGACAUCAUCCACCGCGUGGAGACCCUGCUCCGCAAGGACGGGCGCGGUGGCACCGAGCUGCCCAAGGGCCCCGAGGCUGAGAGUGCUGUGGGCAGCCCCGUGGACCUGCAGCUGCAGGGGCUCUCGCGCUCCAUCUCUUCCUCAUCCUCACUCAGUGGUAUGUUUGUGCCCCUGUGCAGGCCCUUCCUAUCUCCCCAAGCCCCAUGCAGGGCAGGUACAGCCAAGCCCAGAGGGUCUCAAAGGAUAUGUCCUGCCCUGGCUGAACCUGGCUGUCACCCCUAUGCCACAGACCUGAGCUGCACCAGUCCCAGCCUCUCUGUCCAGUCCCCUGUCCUGCCGAUGCUGAGCCGCUCCCCAUCAGAGACCAACCUGGCCAGUCCUGUGGAGCCACUGGCAGCCCCGGUGCCACUAGGGUCCCCCACAGGUUCGGUGCAGACCUGGCCCCUCGUCUCGAUGGCUCCCUCCUGGCUCACGUCAUCACCAGCACUGACACCAACACUGACUCCCCAGAGUACCCCAGGGGGGCCUGUCCCCACGGCCCUACCCCAAGCCCUCCUGUCCCCACAGCCUCUCCCCACAUCCCCUGUUCCCUGUGAGCCCAGCAGUCCUCUGAGCCCCCCUGUGACCAGCACACCCUUGUCCCCCACCACCCCCCUCUUGUCCCUGGCCAAUGUCUUCUCCCUGGCAGUGAUGACCGUGGCCCACACUGUCUCCUCCAUUGCCAGCUCAGGUGGGCAGCUCUACCCAGCACUGCUGCCACGGCCACAGAGUCUUGUCCUGGGUGCCCCACGCUUUGUGUACCCUGACCCCACCAGCACAGACAAGCCAGUCCCACCUGGCAGUGGGAUCCUGCAGUCAGUGGGAGCUGAUGUCCCCACUGCUGGGGUGCCCAUAUCCUCCCUUCCCUUGGCACCAGCCUCAAUGUGCCCCACAGGCAGCGAGGCUGUGGGGAGCCCUCUGCAGUUGCCAAGCACAUCCACAUCUGGGAGUCCAGAGGGCAGCACGGUGCUGCCCAGUGCCCCCAAACCCAGCCACUCUCUGAUCAUCUCGGAGGCACCAGCCCCCAGUGUGCCCAAGGCUCAGCUCUCCCCCAUCAAUGAAGAAGCCAAGCCCCAGGUCCUGGGCCGGUUCCAGGUGAUACCAGCCAAGGACCUGCCUGUGACCUCUGCGGUGCUGGGGAGCAGUGACGGAGAGCAGCACAGCACGGAGCCAGCAGCAAGUGGCUCCCCACCACCUGUGGUCCCUGACAUAAGCCACAGCUCGAGCAGUGACUCGGAUGCAGCACUGGAGGCAGAGAAGCGAGAACCCAAGGCUGAGGAGGUGGCAGCCGAGGGGGGCACGGUGCCUGCGGUGUCAGUGGGGAGCGACCCAGGGGAGGGCCCUGGGGAAGAGAGCACAGAAAAUGUGCCACAGGCCAUGCUGAGCCAGGUGUGGAUGAGCUACUCUCGCAGCUUGUCCUAUGUGAGCAGCGAUGACACCGAGAGUGAGGACGAGGAGAUCUGGGAGGAGCUGCAGAACCUGCGCCAGAAGCACCUGGCUGAGGUGCAGCUACUGCAGAGCGCCCAGAAGAAGGAGAUCGAGGAGCUGUACCUGCGGAUGGGGAAGCAGCCACCGCCGGGCAUCGUCUCGCCUGCAGCGAUGCUGUCCAGCCGCCAGCGCCGCCUCUCCAAGGGCAGCUUUAACCCCUCCCGUCGCAACAGCCUGCAGCGCCUGGAGCUGGCGCAGCCCGCAGGCAUCAUGCGCCGGAACUCGCUGAGCGGCAGCAGCACCGGCUCGCAGGAGCAGCGGCUCAACAAGGGGGUGACCUUCGCCGACGACCUCGGGCGCGUGCUGGCUGGCCAAGAAUGA